UCUGUAUUUUAUUAGGCUACUUGAGUCUGUGAACAAUAUAUAACAACAGUUUCAAAUCCUAAAUUCAGAAACGUUGCAAAUUGCUUUAUAGCGAGUAGGCUAUAGCGGGAUCGGAAACACUGUUGAAAAUAGCCCGCAAUCCUCCACGGAAUUUCACAAACAAGCUUCAUGUGGGAUCAAGUGGGUUUGUUCCAAAACCCAAGGACCGAGGAGAGAUUCCCCGCACCGUAUACUCACACACAGUACGUAUAUAGUAUUUUUUGGGAUACAGUCGGAUGUCCUGUGUCUGUGUGGGUGUUUUACUCUCACCUACAUCGUUUUGAAUAGCAAGGCGAAAUAUAUAAACGUUUCACCAUACGCCCCCGUGGCUUGGCAUUUAAUUAGAUCCCCGGGGUGCGGAUCAGUUUGGCACCGUGUCUGCGUGCAAGCGAAACCGGCUGUUUUUUUGCUCCCGGAGCCCUGGCCGCGGUCCUCGCGCGACUUCACUUCUGCACCGGCGGCGCGGGAGGAAAAUCGAGCCCGCAGUCCAGCUGCUGCAGCUUGGCUAAAUUGUUCUGCACGACUCCGACAGGCGACAAUCUAAGCGCUGUAGCCGUCGACAAGCAGAGUGUAAUGUUUUGGUCGAUGUGUGAGUUGCUGUGGGAAUGAGACUGCGUGGCAGGGAUUUGGAGGAUUCCACUGUCUCCUGGAUACCAAGCGUCCUGGGUGUGCAGACCGUCAGGCUCCGCCUUCGCCUCAAUCGCCGUGACGACAGGGGGAGGGGCCUUUGGCAACUGGUUGACCUGGGAGAGGAAGCACAGAGUGGGCAUCGGAUACGAGACAGGACGCCUCCUACUUGUUCUCAAAGUCUGAUGAGUAUUCCUGCUGCUGCAUCAGUUCAGUCAGGGGGUGGAGAGAUGCAAUCACCUGGGGCCAUUAGUCCCUCCUUCCUCCCGCCCCCAAGUGGAAAAGUUCCAGGUCGCAAGAGGGGUCGCCCACCCCUAAAGAGGCACCCGGAAUAUCAGAGUCGCUACCCAGAAUCCCUCCCACCCAUUAAAGUGCCUAAGAAGAGAGGAAGGAAGCCUGGCUUUAAGCUGAAGGCUCGCUUGAUGACACCUCUAGCCAUCUCUCCUCCCAGCAGCACCCCGGAGCCAGACAUGAGUUCUAUUCCCCAGGAUGCUGCUACUAUCCCCCACUCAGCCACCCCACAGAUCCUCACAGUGUGCAUCUACGUGAAUAAGCAUGUGAACACGGGUCCUAACCUGGACAGGCAGAAGGUGCUGCAGCUGCCCGAUCACCUGGGUCCUGCCAGGCCCUCUGUGGUGCUGCAGCAGGCGGUACAGGGCUGCAUUGACAGUGCGUUUCAGCAGAAAGCCGUCUUCACCCUGCUUACUGAGGGCUACGGGGGAGAAAAAAUCUCAGCCACCUUUGAUGGUAAGCAGCAUUUGUUGAGUUUGCCAGUGGUCAACAGCGUGGGCUAUGUCCUACGCUUCCUCAAGAAGUUGUGCAGAAGCCUGUUGUGUGAGAACCUCUUCAGUGACCAGCCCAUCGCCCCUUCAUCGUCUCCCUCCUCCUCUUCUUCAUUCCAUGCUGAAAAGCACUCAGACGGACAGCCCAAGUCAACAGACUCAAUGGUGGACGAUUACCAUGGUGAUUCAGUGGACCCCAAGCGCUAUUCAGUUGACCCCAUUGACUCUGCCUAUGGUGCGAUGUCCUCACCGUACACCGCGAGUAAACCUGUGUAUGGUUUUCGUUCUGGCACUGCCUACUCUGGAGGUGUGUGCAGGCAAGCAGCCAGUCCCAGCACAUUCCAGGAAGGAAACAGAAGUGCCUAUAGUCCAUCCCCAGAGGGAGGGGAGGCAAAGCCCCCACCCAGUAAGGAUCCCUCCAGGUGGAGCGUGGAUGAGGUGGUGUGGUUUAUCAAGGAUGCAGACCCUCAAGCGCUGGGCCCUCACGUGGAUCUCUUCAGAAAACAUGAGAUUGAUGGGGAUGCUCUUCUUCUCCUGAAGAGCGACAUGAUCAUGAAGUACCUGGGACUCAAACUGGGCCCGGCUCUCAAGCUCUGCUACCACAUCGACAAGCUAAAACAGAACAAAUUCUGACCUGUCUCUGCACCCUACAAACACAGAUGGAUUCACUCACAGUAUUUACUGUCACUCUCAUUUGCUGUAGUACAGGGUUUUGCCCCCCCCCCCCCUCCCCCCACUCUGGUCAUUUGAGGACAAGUACCAGACCAUUUUUUUUACUUGCUUGGUUUGUCUGCCUGUAUAUUGAGGCAUUUUACUGACCAGAACAUUUCAUUUUUCUAAUCUUAAGUGCACAAGCAUUUUAUUGAUUACUUGAUACUGAACACUGCUCUAAUCAAAUGGCAUGUCAUCUCAGCUGCUUUCUGGGAUUUGAGUUAUUUGUCCUCAAGUGAGAGUUAUGCAGAUGAGUUAUAAGUGUAAAUCAUGCUUUUUCAAAUGGGCGUCAUUACAAACAUAUUAAGUCACAGACAAACGAGCUCCAAUGUUUUCAGAGCCAUGGACUCUGUCUAAAUCCCUGUGAACUUCAGCCACCUGCUGGUGAAGUGGAGUCACUGCAACUCUGUCAUAUCUACUACCAUUGUAACCAGGAACCAUUCAACUUUCUUUUUUAUUUUGACAGCUACUUCAGAGGCCGCUAACCUGGGAGAUCACUUACAUACAGAAUUCAGCAUUGUGCUUUUGACUGAACAGAUACAGUACGCACACAGUUUUUGCAGGGUACAACUAUGAACAGUUUCACUUUGCAACCAGCAAAUAACAGGCACAAAUGCAACUUUACUCAGCAAUGGACCAUUCACGUCAUCUUUGGAAAGCCUCCUUGGCAGCCUAAAUCAGAACUAAACAGGAUACACUACUAGGCAGUUUAAAAUGGUGCAUUACAAAGAUAGUAAUGCAUACCAGGUGCUGUUUCUCAACAAACAAGUCAAGUUAAUAAAAACAACUAUACUGGUA